AUGGGCGAGGAAAUGGAAAGCAGAGGUGCCGCAGACGUCAUCAAGUGGUUUCUAUCUAUGGCAACAGACAUUAUCGGGGAGCUCUCCUUUGGUGACUCUUUCAGGACCUUGGAGAUUGGCGAGAAGAGCGGUUACACAAAGGACUUGGAGAAUCUGGGAUUCGUUGGAGCUGUCCGCUCGGCUUUCCCGACGCUCAUCUCAAUGGCGAAAUACCUUCCCAUUCCAUUCUUCACACGUCCGCUCCAGGCAACGAGGAACAUGAUUCGUUACUCGGAAGAGUCCAUUGCGCGGUACAGGAACCUUCUAGAGUCUGACCCGACGAGUGUCCAAUGGACUCUGUUUACCAAAGUCUUCAAAGACACGGACAAAGACGCUCUUACGACAGUGGAGCUCAGGGCCAACGCAUCGGGAUACAUUGUUGCCGGCAGCGACUCCACCGUCGUCACACUCACAGACCUUGUCUGGUCCGUUUGUCGCAAUCCAACAGUCAAGGCAGCUCUUCUGAAAGAGCUGCGAACUCUCCCAGACGACUUUGACGCUUCCCACCUCCGUGAGUUGAGUUACUUGAACAAAGUGAUUGACGAGACGCUGCGUUUGUACUCUGGCAUUCAAUCCUCUCUACCACGAUAUGUUCCCGAGGGCGGCGACGAUGUUGCCGGAUACUGGCUGCCUGGAGGCACGAGCGUCUGCGCAUAG